CACUUCCCAGUUAAACGUGGCUACCCCGCGAUUGAAGGAAGGAGUGGCAUCAGGAUCUGUCAAAAGUUAAAUGAUAUUUCUUGAAAUUAAUGACUAACUACGUCGAUUAAACAGUUUCAAAGUGCUUCUUAAAGUUAAUUCGUAGUUUUUUACGAACAAUAAAAGAAGAAAAAAUGUCGUCCUCAGGCGAUUAUGGUAACCCACUGCGUAAAUUCAAGCUUGUCUUUCUCGGCGAACAGAGCGUUGGUAAAACAUCUCUCAUCACACGAUUUAUGUAUGACAGCUUUGACAACACGUAUCAGGCUACAAUAGGUAUAGAUUUUUUAAGUAAAACUAUGUAUCUAGAAGACAGAACAGUGAGAUUACAACUUUGGGACACUGCUGGUCAAGAACGGUUUCGUUCUCUAAUACCUAGUUAUAUCAGAGAUUCUACAGUUGCAGUUGUUGUUUAUGAUAUUACUAACGCUAAUUCGUUUCAUCAAACAUCAAAAUGGAUCGAUGAUGUACGAACUGAAAGAGGAAGUGAUGUUAUAAUCAUGCUAGUGGGGAAUAAAACAGACUUGAGUGAUAAGAGACAGGUAUCUACGGAAGAAGGAGAACGUAAAGCUAAGGAUUUAAAUGUGAUGUUCAUCGAAACUAGUGCUAAGGCAGGAUAUAAUGUUAAACAGCUAUUUAGAAGAGUAGCAGCAGCUUUACCUGGCAUGGAUUCCACUGAAAAUAAACCUCCCGAAGACAUGCAAGAGGUAGUUCUGAAGGAUACACCAAUUGAACUCAAAGCAUCGGAGAGCAGUUGUGCAUGUUAAAGCCAUCGUCGGCCUAAUGGUAGACAGGAUAUAUACAUAUACAUUGAAAUAAGUUCAAUUCAAAUCUUAUUUUAGGACAUUAGGAAAAAAGAAAAAAAAACAAUGAUAUUUGGUCUGUGUUUUUCGCAGCAUUGAUGAUAAUGCGUAUGAAUAUUGUGAAAAACGAGAGCACUUGUAUUUAAAUGGUUAAUGAUAUUUUGUCUCUGAUAACAAAAAAAGAAAAAAUGAAAGAAACGAAACAAAAAAGAAUAGCGAGAGACAGUCUCAGCGAACUGAAAAUAGCCUAAGUGGACUGCUUUUACACAAUAAUGUUUGUAGCUAUUACUCGUAAAUAGUAGUUUAUAUAUAUAUAUAUAUAUCUUAAUUUAAUCCUGUAUUAUAUAUAUAUAUAUUUUAAAAAAGUAUUUUUCAAUCACACGGCUUUAUAUCAUCGCGUAAGUACUAGUUUUUAUUCACGACAUCAUUUUUAUAUGAUACAAUAUUGCAAAUGCUUCUUUUUUCCUAACUCCCCCUCUCUCUUACUUGUUUUUUUUUUUAUUUAUUAUUUUAGUUUUGUUUUGUUUAGUCUUGUCGUUUAUAAUUGCAUUCUACGUGAAAUGAGACAG